AUGGGCGACGCGCUGUGGGACAUACUCGGGGAGGAGAUGGCGGCGGCGGCGGCGGCCGGCGAGCACGGGCUGCCGCCGGGGUUCCGGUUCCACCCCACCGACGAGGAGCUGGUGACCUUCUACCUGGCCUCCAAGGUGUUCAACGGCGCGUGCUGCGGCGUCGACAUCGCCGAGGUGGACCUCAACCGGUGCGAGCCGUGGGAGCUGCCGGAGUCGGCGAGGAUGGGCGAGCGGGAGUGGUACUUCUUCAGCCUCCGCGACCGCAAGUACCCCACGGGGCUCCGCACCAACCGCGCCACCGGCGCCGGCUACUGGAAGGCCACCGGCAAGGACCGCGAGGUGCUCAACGCCGCCACCGGCGCCCUCCUCGGCAUGAAGAAGACGCUCGUCUUCUACAAGGGCCGCGCCCCCCGCGGCGAGAAGACCAAGUGGGUCCUCCACGAGUACCGCCUCGACGGCGACUUCGCCGCCGCUCGCCGCUCCACCAAGGAGGAAUGGGUGAUCUGCAGGAUCUUUCACAAGGUAGGAGACCAGUACAGCAAGCUGAUGAUGAUGAAGAGCCCAGCCAGCUACUACCUCCCAGUGAGCCACCACCCCAGCAGCAUCUUCCAUGACCUGCCUCCAGUUCCAUUCCCGAACCCUAGCGGAUGCGCAAGCCUCGUCCCCUUCCACCAUGACCUCCCUCCACUGCAGCACGGCCAGGCUGCAGCCAAGAACAGCAUCGGCGGCGGCUUCAAUGGCGGCUUCGUCUUCCCUGCGCCUGAGCCAACGACCACCACCACCACCACCAUGGCAGCACCUGCUGCUGCUUUCCCUUCCUUCGCCUCCGCCACUGUCGCUGGCAAGGAGGGCCCACCGCCGCAGCUCGGAGUCAACGCCGGUCAGCAGGAGCCACCGGCGCCACCUACCUGGAUGGACGCCUACCUGCAGCACAGUGGCUUCCUUUAUGAGAUAGGCCCACCUGCAGUGACCAGGGGCGCAUGAUCUGGACCGUUGGUUUCUCUAGGGUUUGCCAAGCUAGCUAGCUAUGAUCCAGUCGAUCUGGACCCUUAAUUUGCAAGUGCGGUAUUUAGACAAGCACUUGUGUUUUAGCUCCUUUUUUAAGUCAGUUAAUUAAUUUAGUCAUUUGGUGUUUGUUUCACACGCAGUGUCAGGGUGUACCUCCUAGCUUGCAUGCAAGAGCUGCAAGCAUUUGGUGCACUGGGUUGAAUAUUAAUUACCUAGCUAGAACUAGUACUUAAUUAGUUACU